AUGUCUCACCAAGGUGCAAUUGAUGCCAAUAUCAAAGCGUUUCAUGCAGCAGAAACGUACGACGCAAGAGAGAGUAUGCAAGUGCUAAGUACUAUCUUCACUAAAACUUUACUAGAGUAUGAGCAAUUACCUGUAGAUCCGGUACCAGUGUAUGGUGAUGCACAAAAGCCUACUAGCGGAAUCGACCUAAACAUUAUUCACUAUGAUAAAUCCAAAUCCCCGAGUACUUCCCUCAAGAUUAUGGAUUUCGCCUGUGGGACUGGGUUAGUCAUGGAAAAGAUGGUACCAUUCUUACCAGAAAAAUCUGAAAUUGUUGGAAUUGAUAUAAACCAAGCAUUUUUGGACUCAUUUAACACUAAAGUAGAAAAGCUCUCUAAACAAUAUCCUACGAUUUCUGUGCAUAGCAAAAAUUUAGACAUUUUGGACUCUUCUAACGAAGACUACAUUAAAAAUAGCCUUGAAGGUAAAUUUGAUAAAAUCUACUGCACAAUUCUGUAUCACCACUUGCACAAUUACGAAGAUAUUACUAAUAAAGUAGCCACAUUUCUUAAGCCUGGGGUUGGUAAGUUGUAUAUCAUCGAUUUUUACAAUGAAGACGUAGAAAGACUGUAUAGUGAUAAAACUACUAGUCAUGCUGUUCAACACAUGGGUGGUUUAAAGGUUGAAGCACUUACUAAAGCCUUCCAAAAUGCAGGAUUGCACCAAAUCGAAGUUGCAAAGCAAUAUGAAGUUAACAUCUGGCAGCAGCCAGGCUUCAUUCAAAAUCAUUGCAAUGAUGAAACGCUUAAUAAGUGGAAAGAAGGGAAGCUUGAGUCUAAAAUUAGUGAGGUGGAAGGUGAAGUUUUCCUGAUUAAGGCUAGUAUUAUUAUGGCUGUAGGAACUAAGAUAUAG